AAAAAUACGUAAAAAAUAAAUUUUUAUAUAAAGAAAGAGAAAAAAAUGACAAAAUCAACAAUCAAAGUGGUCGAAAAAGAUCGACAAAAAAGUGAUAAAAAAUUGAAAUCUUCGACUUCUGAAAUAGAUAAUAAUUUAAAAUUAACUAGCAAUGGGAAUAACAGCUAUAGUAGUAAUACUGUAAAAAGCACUACCGAUUUUACGAAAAUAUCACCAGCAACUACAUCAUCAUCAUCAUCAUUAACAUCUCAAUUAAAAAAUACAACAAGUAACAUGAAUAUGAGUAGUUCAAGUACUAAACAAAUGUCCUCAUCAUCAUCAACAUAUGAAUCUCGUAGUAGUAGCACUAAAGUUUCAUCAUCUUCAUCUUAUGCGAAAAGUUCAAUUAUAAAACCAUCAUAUACGAAAUAUGUUAGCCAAAAUGCUGAUGGAUCUUAUAAAAUUGUUUAUAAGAAAAAGGUUUUAGAUCAAAAAACUGGUAAAUGGAAAAUAAUUGACGAGAAAAUAAUAAGCAAUGCAAAAAACGUUGAAACUGAUUUUGUUCCAAAAUUAUUGGAUGAUGUCACUGAUUCAACAACAACAACCUACACAACGAAACUUUUUGAUUCUAAAACAGGUAAAUGGAAACUAGUAGACGAAAAAUCAUUUAGCGAAAAUACUGUUGUUGUACCCAAUGAUAUUAUUAGAGAAAUUGAAAGCGAUAAUGCAGAUAUAGCUAAUGUAACAACAAUAACUGAAGUAACUAAGGUUUUCGAUGCUAAAAGUAACACUUGGAAAACUGUCAAUGAGCAAACACACACAAACGUGGUGGAAAGAAUUGUCGAGAGUCCGACACAAAAUGUUGAAGUUUUGACUACUUUGAAUGAAUUAACUGAUGAACGUUUUGAAAAAUCAAAAACUUUGAUCCACGAUGAAAGUGUAACUAACGUGAAAAGAGAUUUGUAUGAUGAAACUAGAAGAAUAACAAGUGGUCUUCACCAAAUAAAAGACGAAAUCGAUCACUCAAAAUCUACAACCGAUGUAUUUUCGUCAACAGAUGAAAACCUUGAAUCAUCUUAUACUCGUGUUAGAUCUAAUACGUGGACUAAAGAUGAUCUUUCAAAAAUCGAUAAAAAAAUUGUUAAUACAGAAUAUGACACAGUUGAAAAAUAUGGUAAUUGUCAAAUGUGCUUAUUGGAACAGCAGGAUACUGAUUCUAAAAUGAGAGAAAUGCUAUAUGAAACUAAAGACAUAAAUAAAUUUGCUAGACAUGAUGUUAAACAUUCUACAGAUAUUAUUAACACCCAAGAGUUUAAAAAUUAUCAUGAAGGAGAAAUUUACUUGGAAGACAACCAACAAUACGUGAUGGCUUCGAAGCAAGAUAUAAUUAAACAUUCCGACAAUCUUUAUCAGGAAGGUGACAUUUACUUUCCACAAAAACCGAAAUAUAAGCCUGGCGAACGCCCUCAAUAUAUUAAACCAAAUGAUAAUUUAAAAUCUGAAGGAAUAAUUGAGUUUCCUGAAAGCGAGGAUUAUAAACCAGGUGAACGAUUUCCUCUAGUUCGUCCACAUGACAAUUUAAAACCAGAAGGUAAUUUUUACAUAGAAAAAAAACAGGAAUUCAUAGCUAGUGAAAGGCAAGAAAUAAUAAAACGCGCUGAUAAUUUGCAUCCAGAGGGUGAACAUUUUUAUCCAGAUAAAAAUAUAUAUAGGCCUGGAGAACGACCGCAGCAAAUUAAACCUGUUGAUAAUUUAAAACCCGAAGGCAAUUUUGAAAUACCAGAAAAAACAAAAUAUGCGCCUGGCGAAAGAUUUCCACAAACUCGUCCAAAUGAUAAUUUGAAACCUGAAGGAGACUUUCAUACACCAGAAAAAACUAAAUACAUUCCAGGAGAAAUUCCGAAAGCUAUUAAACCUAAAGAUAAUUUAAAACAAGAAGGGCAAAUAUAUAUUGAAGAAAAACAUGCGUUUUUAGCUGCUGAACGACAAGAAAUAAUAAAACACAUCGAUAAUUUGCAUCCAGAAGGAACACUUUACUUUCCAGAACGGACUUCGUAUAAACCAGGAGAACGGCCGCAGCAAAUUAAACCUUUUGAUAAUUUAAAGCCUGAAGGCGAUUUCUAUUCCCCUGAAAAAGCAAAAUACUUACCAGCCGAACGGCCUAAACAGAUAAAACCUAGUGAUAACUUGAAACCAGAAGGAAAAAUUGAACUUCCCGAUAAGCAACCAUACAUGCCUGGGGAGAGGUUCCCGCAAGUUCGUCCAAGUGAUAAUUUGCGACCAGAGGGCGAUUUCCAUACUCCUGAAAGGCCCGCAUAUAUACCGGUGGAAAUACCUAAGGCAGUAAAGCCAAAAGAUAAUUUAAAACAAGAAGGACACAUCUACAUAGAAGAAAAAAAAGAAUUUGUAGCAGCUGAACGACAAGAAAUUAUAAAACACUCUGACAAUUUGAGACCUGAAGGUGAUGUUUAUUAUCCAGAAAAAACUUCAUUUAGGCCAGGUGAGCGUCCACAACAAGUACGGCCAAGUGAUAACCUCAAACCAGAAGGAGAAUUUUAUACUCCAGAAAAAUCAGGUUACGAGCCGGCAGAUAGACCAAAACAAAUUAAACCAUCGGACAAUUUAAAACCUGAAGGAGAUUUUUACUCGCCCGAAAAAGCAAAAUACUUACCGUCCGAAAGACCAAAGCAGAUUAAACCUAGCGAUAAUUUGAAACCAGAGGGUAAAAUUGAAGUGCCUGAAAAACAAUCAUAUAUACCUGGAGAGAGAUUUCCUCAAGUUCGCCCAAGCGACAACUUGCGAUCUGAAGGGGACUUUCAUGCUCCUGAAAAAACGGUUUAUAUGCCGGUGGAAAUACCCAAGCCAGUCAAACCUAAAGAUAAUUUAAAACAAGAAGGACACAUUUACAUAGAAGAAAAAAAAGAGUUUGUAGCUGCUGAGCGACAAGAAAUAAUAAGGCAUUUGGACAACUUGAGGCCAGAAGGUGAUGUUUAUUAUCCAGAAAAGACUGCAUAUAAACCAGGGGAACGACCACAACAAGUACGACCAAAUGACAAUUUGAAACCAGAAGGUAAAUUUUACACUCCUGAGAAAUUAAGUUACGCACCAGGGGAACGACCUCAACAAAUCAAGCCAUCUGACAAUUUAAAACCUGAAGGAGACUUUUAUUCACCCGACAAAGCAAAAUACUUACCAGCUGAACGGCCAAAACAAGUGAAACCUAGUGACAAUUUAAAACCGGAAGGGAAAAUUGAAGUACCCGACAAACAACCGUAUAUUCCUGGAGAAAGGUUCCCACAAGUUCGCCCAAAUGAUAAUUUGCGACCGGAGGGAGAUUUCCAUACUCCUGAAAAACCUAGAUACGUGCCGGUGGAGAUACCUAAGCCAGUAAAACCAAAAGACAAUUUAAAACCAGAAGGACACAUAUACAUAGAGGAAAAACAAGAAUUUGUGGCUGCCGAGCGUCAAGACAUAAUAAAGCAUUUCGAUAAUUUGCGUCCAGAAGGCGAUGUUUAUUAUCCUGAAAAGAUUGCAUUUAAACCAGGGGAACGUCCACAACAAAUACGACCAAACGAUAAUUUAAAGCCAGAAGGUAAAUUUUACACUCCUGAGAAAUUAAGUUACGCACCAGGAGAACGACCUCAACAAAUCAAGCCAUCUGACAAUUUAAAACCAGAAGGAGACUUUUAUUCGCCCGACAAAGCAAAAUAUUUACCAGCUGAACGGCCAAAACAAGUGAAACCUAGCGACAAUUUAAAACCGGAAGGCAAAAUUGAAGUACCCGACAGACAACCUUAUAUGCCUGGAGAAAGGUUCCCACAAGUUAGACCCAAUGAUAAUUUGCGACCAGAGGGCGAUUUUCAUACACCAGAGAAACCUAAAUAUACACCAGUAGAAAUUCCUAAAGCAAUCAAACCAAAGGAUAACUUAAAACAAGAAGGACAUAUAUACAUAGAAGAAAAACAAGAAUUCGUAGCUGCUGAACGUCAAGAAAUAAUAAGGCAUUUGGAUAACUUGAGGCCAGAAGGGGAUGUUUAUUAUCCAGAGAAAAGUGCAUUCAAACCAGGUGAGCGUCCACAACAAGUGCGGCCUAAUGAUAAUCUAAAACCAGAAGGUAAGUUCUAUACUCCAGAAAAGUCUUCCUAUGCUCCAAGUGAACGACCUCAGCAAAUCAAACCUUCAGACAAUUUAAAACCAGAAGGAGAUUUUUACUCUCCGGAAAAAGCAAAAUAUUUACCAGCUGAACGGCCAAAACAAGUGAAGCCUAGUGAUAAUUUAAAACCUGAGGGUAAAAUUGAAAUACCCGACAAACAGCCGUAUAUUCCUGGAGAACGAUUUCCCCAAGUUCGCCCAAGUGAUAACUUAAAGCCUGAGGGCGAUUUCCAUGCACCUGAGAAGGUUAAAUAUACCCCAGUGGAAAUUCCUAAAGCAAUAAAACCAAAUGAUAAUUUAAAACCAGAAGGUGAAUUUUACACUCCAGAGAAGACAGACUAUGCACCGGGAGAACGUCCGCAGCAAAUCAGGCCAUCUGAUAAUUUAAAACCUGAAGGAGACUUUUACUCCCCGGAAAAAGCAAAAUAUUUACCAGCUGAACGGCCAAAACAAGUGAAGCCUAGCGACAAUUUAAAACCAGAAGGCAAAAUUGAAGUGCCUGACAAACUACCGUAUAUACCCGGAGAAAGAUUUCCACAAGUUCGCCCAAAUGACAAUUUGCGACCUGAGGGAGAUUUUCAUACUCCCGAAAAACCUCAAUAUACGCCAGUAGAAAUUCCCAAGGCAAUUAGACCAAAAGAUAAUUUAAAACAAGAAGGACACAUUUACAUUGAAGAAAAAAAAGAAUUUGUAGCAGCUGAGCGACAAGAAAUAAUAAAGCAUUUGGACAAUUUGCGCCCAGAAGGUGAUGUUUAUUAUCCAGAGAAAACUGCAUUCAAACCGGGUGAGCGUCCACAGCAAGUGCGCCCUAAUGAUAAUUUGAAACCCGAAGGCCAAUUUUAUACCCCCGAGAAGCUGAUCUAUGCGCCAGGAGAACGACCUCAACAAAUCAAACCGUCUGAUAAUUUGAAACCUGAAGGAGACUUUUAUUCUCCCGAAAAAACAAAAUAUAUGCCUGCUGAACGGCCAAAGCAAGUAAAGCCCAGUGACAAUUUAAAACCAGAAGGAAAAAUUGAAGUACCCGACAAACAGCCAUACAUUCCCGGAGAAAGAUUUCCACAAGUUCGUCCGAGCGAUAAUUUACGGCCUGAAGGAGAUUUCCAUACUCCUGAGAAGACUAAAUAUACCCCAGUGGAAAUUCCUAAAGCAAUAAAACCAAAUGAUAAUUUAAAACCAGAAGGUGAAUUUUACACUCCCGAAAAGACAGGCUAUGCACCGGGAGAACGCCCACAGCAAAUCAGGCCCUCUGAUAAUUUAAAACCUGAAGGAGACUUUUACUCCCCGGAAAAAGCAAAAUAUUUACCAGCUGAAAGACCAAAACAAGUGAAGCCUAGCGACAAUUUAAAACCAGAAGGCAAAAUUGAAGUGCCUGACAAACUACCGUAUAUACCCGGAGAAAGAUUUCCACAAGUUCGCCCAAAUGACAAUUUGCGACCUGAGGGAGAUUUUCAUACUCCCGAAAAACCUCAAUAUACGCCAGUAGAAAUUCCCAAGGCAAUUAGACCAAAAGAUAAUUUAAAACAAGAAGGACACAUUUACAUUGAAGAAAAAAAAGAAUUUGUAGCAGCUGAGCGACAAGAAAUAAUAAAGCAUUUGGACAAUUUGCGUCCAGAAGGUGAUGUCUAUUAUCCAGAGAAAACUGCGUUCAAACCGGGUGAGCGUCCACAGCAAGUGCGCCCUAAUGAUAAUUUGAAACCCGAAGGCCAAUUUUAUACCCCCGAGAAGCUGAUCUAUGCGCCAGGAGAACGGCCUCAACAAAUCAAACCGUCUGAUAAUUUGAAACCUGAAGGAGACUUUUAUUCUCCCGAAAAAACAAAAUAUAUGCCUGCUGAACGGCCAAAGCAAGUAAAACCUAGUGACAAUUUAAAACCAGAAGGAAAAAUUGAAGUACCCGACAAACAGCCAUACAUUCCCGGAGAAAGAUAUCCACAAGUUCGUCCAAAUGAUAAUUUACGACCUGAAGGAGAUUUCCACACUCCUGAGAAGACUAAAUAUACGCCAGUAGAAAUUCCUAAAGCAAUAAAACCAAAUGAUAAUUUAAAACCAGAAGGUGAAUUUUACACUCCUAAGAAGACAGACUAUGCGCCGGCAGAACGUCCGCAGCAAAUAAGACCCUCUGAUAAUUUAAAGCCUGAAGGAGAUUUCCAUACCCCAGAGAAACAUAAAUAUACCCCAGUCGAAAUUCCGAAAGCAAUUAAACCAAAGGAUAAUUUAAAACAGGAGGGACACAUCUACAUUGAAGAAAAGCAAGAAUUUGUAGCAGCUGAGCGGCAAGAAAUAAUUAAGCAUUUGGAUAAUUUACGUCCGGAAGGUGAUGUUUAUUAUCCAGAAAAGGUUACAUUCAAACCAGGUGAGCGUCCACAACAAGUGCGACCAAGUGAUAAUUUAAAACCAGAGGGCAAAUUUUACACUCCGGAAAAGUCUUUGUAUGCUCCAGGAGAGCGGCCUCAACAAAUUAAACCUUCUGAUAAUUUAAAACCUGAAGGAGACUUUUAUUCUCCUGAAAAGGCUAAAUAUUUGCCUGCUGAACGGCCAAAACAAGUGAAACCUAGCGACAAUUUAAAACCGGAAGGGAAAAUUGAAGUACCCGAUAAACAACCAUAUUUGCCCGGGGAAAGAUUUCCACAAGUUCGUCCAAAUGAUAACUUGCGGCCUGAGGGAGAUUUCCAUACGCCGGAAAAACCUAAAUAUACACCAGUAGAAAUUCCUAAGGCAAUCAAACCAAAAGACAAUUUAAAACAAGAAGGGCAUAUCUACAUAGAAGAAAAACAAGAAUUUGUAGCAGCUGAGCGGCAAGAAAUAAUAAAGCAUUUGGACAAUUUGCGCCCAGAAGGUGAUGUUUAUUAUCCAGAAAAAGUUUCAUUUAAACCGGGUGAGCGUCCACAGCAAGUCCGGCCUACCGAUAAUUUGAAACCAGAAGGCCAAUUUUACACCCCCGAGAAGUUGAGUUAUGCCCCAGGUGAACGACCUCAGCAAAUCAAACCGUCUGAUAAUUUAAAACCUGAAGGAGAUUUUUAUUCGCCCGAAAAAUCAAAGUAUUUGCCUGCUGAACGGCCAAAACAGGUAAAGCCGAGUGAUAACUUAAAACCGGAAGGUAAAAUUGAAGUACCCGAUAAACAACCAUACAUGCCCGGGGAAAGAUUCCCACAAGUUCGUCCGAGCGAUAAUUUACGACCUGAGGGAGAUUUCCAUACUCCUGAAAAACCUAAAUAUACCCCGGUAGAAAUUCCUAAAGCAAUCAAACCAAAAGACAAUUUAAAACAAGAAGGGCAUAUCUACAUAGAAGAAAAACAAGAAUUUGUAGCAGCUGAGCGGCAAGAAAUAAUUAAGCAUUUGGACAAUUUGCGCCCGGAAGGUGAUGUUUAUUAUCCAGAAAAAGUUUCAUUUAAACCGGGUGAGCGUCCACAGCAAGUGAGGCCCAAUGAUAAUUUGAAACCAGAAGGUCAAUUUUACACCCCCGAGAAGUUAAGUUACGCCCCAGGAGAACGACCUCAGCAAAUCAAACCAUCAGAUAAUUUAAAACCUGAAGGAGAUUUUUAUUCGCCCGAAAAAUCAAAGUAUUUGCCUGCUGAACGGCCAAAACAGGUAAAGCCGAGUGAUAACUUAAAACCGGAAGGUAAAAUUGAAGUACCCGAUAAACAACCAUACAUGCCCGGAGAAAGAUUCCCACAAGUUCGUCCAAACGAUAAUUUACGACCUGAGGGAGAUUUCCAUACUCCUGAAAAACCUAAAUAUACCCCGGUAGAAAUUCCUAAAGCAAUCAAACCAAAAGACAAUUUAAAACAAGAAGGGCAUAUCUACAUAGAAGAAAAACAAGAAUUUGUAGCAGCUGAGCGGCAAGAAAUAAUAAAGCAUUUGGACAAUUUGCGCCCAGAAGGUGAUGUGUACUAUCCGGAAAAAGUUUCAUUUAAACCGGGUGAGCGUCCACAGCAAGUGAGGCCCAAUGAUAAUUUGAAACCAGAAGGUCAAUUUUACACUCCCGAGAAGUUAAGUUACGCCCCAGGAGAACGACCUCAGCAAAUCAAACCGUCGGAUAAUUUAAAACCUGAAGGAGAUUUCUAUUCGCCCGAAAAAUCAAAAUAUUUGCCUGCAGAGCGGCCAAAACAGAUUAAACCGAGUGAUAACUUAAAACCGGAAGGUAAAAUUGAAGUACCCGAUAAACAACCAUUCAUGCCCGGCGAAAGAUUCCCACAAGUUCGUCCGAGCGAUAAUUUACGACCUGAGGGCGAUUUCCAUACACCUGAAAAGCCAAAAUAUAUUUUUAGUGAAAGACCGCAGCAAGUUAAACCUAGUGACAACUUAAAGCCAGAAGGAAAAAUGGAAAUUCCUGAAAAACCAAAGUACAUUUCUGGAGAAAUUCCUAAACCGGUUAAACCUGAAGAUAAUUUAAAACCAGAGGGAGCACUUUUUACCCCUGAGAAACAGAAAUUUGUUCCUUCUACAAGACCAGAAUUGGUGAAGCCUGUAGAUAAUUUACAUCCCGAAGGUGAGAUGUACACACCAGAAAAAGCAAAAUAUGCUCCUGGGCAACGUCCUCAGCAAAUAAAGCCUACUGAUAAUUUAAAACCAGAAGGACAGUUCUAUUGUCCAGAAAAAUUAACAUACGCGCCUGGAGAGAGGCCCCACCAAGUAAAACCAAUAGACAAUUUGAAACCGGAGGGAAAAAUUGAAAUACCUGACAAGCCCAAAUAUUUUUCUGGAGAAAUACCGAAAGCCAUUAAACCCGAAGAUAAUUUGAAACCCGAAGGUGAAAUGUUUACUCCUGAGAAGCAAAGAUUUGUUCCUUCAAAGCGACCAGAAUUGGUCAAACCUGUAGAUAAUUUACAUCCAGAAGGUGAAAUCUUUACUCCAGAAAAAACCAAAUUUGUUCCUUCUGAACGUCCUCAACAAAUACGACCUAGCGACAAUUUGAAAUCAGAAGGGGAUAUUUUCACACCGGAAAAAACCGCGUUCAUACCGUCUCAACGUCCGGAACUUGUGAAGCCAGUUGAUAACCUUCGUCCUGAAGGAGAAAUAUAUACUCCCGAAAAACCAAAGUAUGAGCCAGGAGAAAGAUUUCCACAAGUUAAGCCAUGUGAUAAUUUAAAACCAGAAGGACAGAUAUAUAUUCCAGAAAAGCAAAAAUUCAUUUCAGGUGAUAUUCCUAAGGCUGUAAGGCCUGAAGAUAAUCUUAAACAAGAGGGUAAAAUUUACAUUGAAGAGAAACAGCAAUACAUUUCAUCAAAACGUCAAGACAUCGUGAAACAAGUCGACAACCUGUAUCCAGAAGGAGAAUUGUAUUAUCCGGAAAAAACAAAGUAUACCCCAGGAGAACGUCCCGUUCAAAUAAAACCGAGUGAUAAUUUAAAACCAGAAGGAAAAUUUUAUUCCCCUGAAAAAUUAAAAUACGCUCCAGGAGAACGUCCGCAACAAGUUAAACCAGUUGACAAUCUAAAACCCGAAGGUAAAAUGGAAAUUCCAGAGAAGCCAGAAUACGCCCCCGGAGAAAGAUAUCCACAGGUACGCCCUAAUGAUAAUUUAAAGCCAGAAGGGAAAUUUUAUUCUCCAGAAAAAUUAACAUAUGCUCCUGGAGAGCGACCUCAGCAAGUUAAACCUGUUGAUAAUUUGAAACCAGAAGGUCAAAUGGAAAUUCCCAAAAAACCAGAAUACGCUCCUGGAGAAAGAUACCCACAGACACGUCCAAGUGAUAAUUUAAAACCCGAAGGUCCAUUUUAUUCCCCUGAAAAACCGACAUACGCCCCGGGAGAACGACCGCAACAAGUUAAACCAGUUGAUAAUCUGAAAUCAGAGGGUAAAAUGGAAAUUCCUAAAAAGCCGGAAUACACCCCUGGAGAAAGAUAUCCGCAGGUACGCCCCAGUGAUAAUUUAAAACCAGAAGGGCAGUUUUAUUCUCCAGAAAGACUUACAUAUGCACCGGGAGAACGGCCGAAACAAGUCAAACCAGUUGAUAAUUUGAAACCUGAAGGAAAAAUGGAAAUGCCUAAAAAACCAAAGUAUGUUUCCGGCGAAAUACCUAAGCCUAUUAAACCUGAUGAUAAUCUAAAACCCGAAGGACAAUUUUAUUCUCCUUCAAAAUCAACAUAUGCUCCAGGACAACGACCACAACAAAUUAAACCAGUUGAUAAUUUGAAACCUGAAGGUAAAAUGGAAAUCCCUGAUAAACCUGUAUUUGCCCCUGGCGAAAGGUAUCCACAAGUUCGGCCGGUUGACAAUCUGAAGCCGGAGGGUGAAAUAGAAUUGCCUCAAAAACAUAAAUUUAAGCCGGCCAAAAAAGAAAAGCCAAUUCGACCACAAGAUAAUUUGCAUCAAGAAGGAGAAAUGCAUAUUUUAGAUAAACAACAAUUCAUUAGCACGAAACGCCAAGAAAUUAUAAAACAUUCUGAUAAUCUUCGCAUGGAAGGAAAUUUUUAUUAUCCAGAUAAAAAAGAAUAUACUUCCUCUGAAAGGCCGCAGCAAAUAAAACCUAUUAAUAAUCUCAAACCUGAAGGUAAAAUUGAAAUUUAUGAAAGGAAUAAAGAUAAUAUAAUGUCGGAAAAGAAAACAUACAUAAAGGGAAAAGCUAUACAUGUAACUUCUGAAAGACGUGAAAAUAUAAAGCCACUAGACAACUUACACCCAGAAGGUGAGUUUUACACACCAGAGAAAACCACAUUUUCACCUGUUAAAAGACCUGGUCCUAUAAAACCUAAAGAUAAUUUAACAAAAGAUAGUUUGGUUUACAUUGACAGUAGUACAUUAAUAGAAAACACAACAAGUAACAAAACAAAACAAACUUUGACCGUGUUUGAAAAAUCUGGUAAACGUCCAGAACCAGUGAAGCCUGUUGAUAAUUUGCGAACAGGUGGUAAAUUUUAUGGGCGUGAAGAAAAAGUGUACAUAAAUGGAGAAAAACCUCAACCUAUAAAACCAACCGAUAAUCUACAUCCUCAAGGGAAUAUUGAAAUUCCUAGCACACAAGCAUAUUCUCCAGGAGAUAGGGCAAAGCCGGUUAAACCUGUCGAUAACUUAAAAGUUGAAGGAGAUGUUAUUGUUAAAACAAGAAAUGAUUCCGAACUUAUUAAAAGGCAAACUGUAAGCUCGACAUUAGAAGAAAAAUUGAGCAAAACACGUAGAAAUAUUAAGUCAGAGUCAUCUAUUUGCCUUGGUAAUGAUCAAACAGAUAUGAAAACAUCUAAUCAAAUGGUAUUUAAACAAACGGGGAAAACUAUAAAAGAAGGAAAAACAACGCCUGAAGAUGGUGCUAUAUUGGUGAGCACCAGAAAAAUAACGACUGUUAUAAAUCCUAAAACUAAAAAAGAUCACUCAUCUGCAAACACAUCUUUUCAUCACAAAAAAAGUACUCUCCACUCAGAAGAAGACAUUACAAACAGUUUUCUUUCUCGUAAUAUUACAAACAAAGCAGAACAGAUCGCAACCGAUGUCAACUCUUGUAAAAUACAUAAAAAUGCAAAUGUUUCAAGUCAUAAUUCUGGUGUGAUUUCCACAGGGUUAAUAACUCAAAGAACACAUUCUUCUAAUAUAGCGUCGUCAAAAAAUUAUUCAAACUAUUCUCAUAGUGAUACAAGACUAGCAAGCAAUCAGAGCAAUGUAAAUGUUGACAAUUUUCAGUUAGUUUCUUCCAAUGUAGAUUCAGGAUAUAGAACGUAUAAAAUACAACGGGACAAAAACUUUUCUAAUUCAUCAUCGAAUUUAGGCUUCACUCUCAAUGAAUCGAGCAAUGCGGAUAUAAGAAAAAGUUCUAAUUCUGGUCAUCACACUGGUUUCUUCUUGUCAGAAAAAAGUAAUGCAAGCGAUGUUCAAAAUAGAAAAAGUAUUUCUGGCGUUUCAACAAAUUUGAGCAAUACCCAUUCGUUAAGGGGAAACGGUGCAUGUUUGUUACAUUCUACAGGAAAUAAUUCUACUAAUAUGAAAACCCAUCAGUCUUCUGCUUUUACUGAGAAUAUGCAACACUCCGGUACAGUGUCAUACACAACAACGCAAAGACAAAGUUAUAGUACUUUACACAAACAAAGUAAAGAGAUGUCUCUCAAAUCAGAGAUUAGAAAUUAUGUUGCUAAUAAGAAUCAAGAAGGAUACAAUCAAAGAAGAUUGAAUAAAUCUAGUAUUAUCUUAGGGGAUUGAAUACUACAUCGAAUUGCUUAAAAUAUUAUAAUGUUAAUAAUAAUGUAAUAUGCUAAAAAAUUAUUGUUAUGCAUCCGUUUUCAAUCUCUAUUUAAAAUUUAACUAUAUUUUUCCUACAUACAUAUAUUAAUAAAAUCGGUUGAAAUAUUA